AUGAUGCUCUCUCAAGUUCUCUUGCAAGCUUGCCUUGCUGCUACCACUUUUGGAGCUGCAAUCACUGCUGUCUCUAUCAAGAACACUGAUGACUUCAUCACCAACGCCGUCAUCUCCGCUCCCUUCCCCAUCCAGGAGAGAUCACCUGCCGCCGCCACUCCUCCCCCUGGCGUCGACCCCGACUUCACCUGCGCCUUCGUCGAUCCCAGCAAGGGUCUUUCCACCAAGGUCGACUGCUCUUACUACUACGACAAGGAGCACGACCGCGUCAAGUACAAGGUAGACAUCCACCCCACCGGCCAGGACUCGACCCGCUGGUGCGAGCAGCUCAUUGCAGCCCUGCGAUACGAAUGCCCUCACGGAAAGGCCAGCGAUCGGUACGUGGCCAAGAAGUGCGACACCAAUGCCUUUGGCUCCAAACUCGGCAAGGGCAUGUCCAUCAACUUUGACGCCUUCUCGCGGUUCAUAAAGGACGACAACGCUGAGUGCACCGCGAAGGCCAUCAAGGCAACUACUUGUGGCAUUCCCGCCGUCUUCGAGAAGGGCGGUUGUUACAGGUCGAAGUAA